CUCCCACGUUUUUCUCUCAUUUGACUCUUUUAAGCAAGCUCUUGCUUUAGAACUAUUCCUUUAUCCUCCUUUUUAAAAAAAAAUUCCAUUAUAUGUUUUUGAAUGAAACAAGCAUCUUCUAAUAUCGAUGUUCGAUAUACCCACUUCUCUCUCUGAAUAUUGCACUAUCAUUUUUCUGCUAGUUACGUCCAUAGCCUUUUUCUUGAACACACAAUAACACAUUAUAUCAUUUGUAUACUUUCUUGCUCUGAGCUCUUCUCUUGUUUCCUAGUAUACAAGUAUAGUAUAUGGUACCUAAAAUAGCAAAAAUUGUUUUACGGACCAGUAACAUAAUCUCGUCGUUAUUCAUCUUUAGCAGCGGAGCCCAUAACGACAUGUGGCAGUUGGAUUUUUCUAGUGGUUGCUAUAACGUUUAAUUUGGGGACCAGAUUACGCUUUUGGGGGCUUUUUUGUUCCGUCCCUAGAAGCUAUUUUUCUUGUAGUGAUACAUAAGACAUGGGCAAGAUCCAAGGUUUUGUUCUCAAACAUCGGGUCACCACACUUCUCCGGCGUUCAUUCCGGCGAAUAAUAUCGCCGGCGAAGUACCAAAAGAAUAGCCCACUUCCAAGUCUCAGUGCAAAACCCCUUUCAAAAUUCUUAAACUGGACAAAAUGUCUCAAGACCAAAGCCAAGGCUAUUUGCUCAAAGGCUCAGUGCUCCGGGUCCGGGUCCGGAUCUGGGUCGGGUCGAGGUUACAUACAAAUCGGGCAAGAACCAGUUGAAGAGAAGUCUAUGGCUGUGCCAAAAGGUCACAUGGCAGUUUAUGUGGGACAAAAAGAUGGAGAUUUUAAAAGAGUUUUGGUUCCUGUAAUAUAUUUUAAUCAUCCUUUGUUUAGUGGGCUGUUGAGGGAGGUUGAAGAUGAGUAUGGGUUUAAUCACCCGGGUGGGAUUACUAUUCCUUGUCGGAUCUCGGAGUUUGAGCGUGUCCAGACCCGGAUCAAACAGGGUCGGGUUGCCCCAAAGUGUUGACAUGAAAAUUGAACUCACUUGUUUUGUAAAAGAUUAUCGCCAUUUGAAUACAAGCUUUGGUAAUGUAAAAGUGAUCAGGUUUUGAGUUAAAUACCAAAUGCAUUCGAAGCAUGAUUCAAUGUUCAUGAUGAUGAUGUUGA